UCCGCGCGCACACACAUAGCGAUCGACAUCGCGCAGUUUUUAUCUGCCUCACCAGCUCUGGUUUCCCCACGUUCAGCCUUACCCCCGUCAACUGCCGCCAUGUUUUUUUGAGGCAGGAUGACAGCAGAGCGAGCGCAGACGAAGACGGAUAUAAGACUGAAAAAAUCCGUCGAAUUACAGCAUUUUUUCUAACAGGCGACUGUCUAUUUUUUAUUGCGGACUCGCGAGGAACUCAUUUCUCGGUAUAUUUGCAAAUACCAAUGGCUGAAUUUUUAUGCCAUGAAAAAGCAAGAAGUCGGAAGCCUGACUGAGGAAGAACAACAUAUUCCUGCCUGCGCUUAACUACCUCUCUCUACCAGCGAACCUACAGGAAUAACCAGACGAGUGAUCUCUGCAUGAGCAGCUGCUUUAACACAAGCCACCUGCUGUUACUUAAGCAAGUUGAAAGAAGAAAAACAACUUUUAAUCUAAAGUGAGGAUACGACAGAACGUUUUAAAGAUGACGGGAAACAUCCCAGUUGACAUGAUCAACUUGAGACUCAUCUUGGUGAGUGGAAAGACAAAAGAGUUCCUGUUCUCACCAAAUGACUCCGCGGCCGACAUCGCCAAGCAUGUGUACGAAAACUGGCCAAUGGACUGGGAAGAGGAGCAAGUGAGCAGUCCUAACAUCCUGCGCCUCAUCUACCAGGGCCGAUUCCUACAUGGCAAUGUGACGUUAGGAGCUUUAAAACUGCCUUUCGGAAAAACCACAGUGAUGCAUUUAGUUGCCAGAGAGACGCUGCCUGAGCCAAAUUCCCAAGGUCAGAGGAACCGGGAAAAGACUGGAGAGAGCAACUGUUGUGUGAUCCUGUAAAUACAUCCCCCUUAACGAGUGUGUCCUGUCAUCCUUCGCCCAUGCUGCUUAAACACAUC